AUGGGGGACCCAAAGCGCAUGGAGGAGCUUCUAAAAGGCCCUCUCUAUGUAUAUGAUCUUCCACCGGCGCUGCUGGCAACUUUAACCGCGAAAACUACGAGCCAACCAGUUGCUAAUCAGACCCCCGAACCUACCCCCCAAGACAAGGAAAUCGCAGCGAAAGAGUCUGCUAUUGCAACUUCGACCUCAUGUCCCCUAUGUAAAGUAUCCUACGGCAAUGUCCAGGACCAGCGCAGCCACGUGCGCUCCGAUCACCACCGAUAUAACCUCAAAGCCCAAUUGCGCGGAAAUGCUCCUCUCGAUGAAAUUCAAUUCGUCAAAGCGGUUGGAGAGCUCGAUGAGUCUAUCUCGGGUUCCGAAUCGUCAGAAUCUGAUGAGGAGGAGGCGGAUGGAGGUGCCGACACAACUUUGACAGCCUUGCUGAAAAGACAGGCCAAGGUGUCCGAGUCGAAUGAAGAACCAGAAGCGACAGCGAACGAAAGAUCUCCAAAAAACCCGUUAUUUUGGCUGUCUAGCUCCGGUCUGCCGUCAAACAAAUCACUGGGGAUCUAUCGGGCGAUCUUUUCCAAUGUCGAGCAAGAUGCGCCCACUUAUUUGGUCGAUACAAUUCGGAAGAAGCAGCUGGCCCCCGUCAAAGCGCGUACGAAUAAUACGCAGUCGCAAACAGACAACUCUGCUUCCAGCCCCCAUAUUUUCAUGUGUAUGAUCGGUGGUGGCCACUUCGCCGCUAUGCUGGUGUCAUUGGCCCCAGAGAUCCACCGUAAGCAAGGUGGCGUCGAGGAGAGACAGGCAAGAGUGAUUGCGCACAAGACCUUCCACAGAUACACCACACGAAGAAAACAAGGUGGUUCCCAAUCUGCCAGCGACGCGUCUCGUGGCGCGGCCCACUCGGCCGGCUCCAGCCUACGACGUUACAACGAAGCCGCGUUGGAGAAAGAUAUUCGAGAUCUGCUUGCCGACUGGAAGCAGAUGAUUGAUAGUGCAGAGCUACUAUUCAUCCGAGCGACGGGGAAAACGAAUAGAAGAAUUCUUUUUGAGAAGUACGAGGGUCAGGUCUUGAAGCAAAACGACCCCAGACUGAGAGGAUUUCCUUUCAACACCCGUCGGGCAACCCAAGGAGAGCUCAUGCGGUGCUUCAAAGAACUGACCCGAGUAAAGGUUAGUGAAAUUGACGAAGCUGCGCUGGAAGCCGCGGCGGCUGCUGCGGCCAAACAGAAAGAAGACUCCAAACCAUCCACACCCCGUCCGCAAUCUCAGAAGCCGAAAUUGUCGAAAGAGGAGGAGGCUGCACUCUUGCACACUUCACAGCUCCAGGCGUUCAUCCGCCGCUCCAAAGUUCCAGCUCUCAUGUCUUACAUCUCAAACAACUCAAUCCCCUCCGAUUUUAUUUUUCAACCCACCGACUCACCUCAAAACUUCCGCUGUCCAACUCCUAUCCAUCUUGCUGCAAACCUGAAUGUUCCAGCAGUUGUGACCGCUCUUCUCACACGGGCCAACUCAGAUCCAACAGCUGUCAACAGUGAAGGCCGAACCCCAUUUGAGCUGACAGGCGAUCGUGCCACUCGUGAUGCAUUUCGCAUAGCUCGACACGAACUGGGUGAAUCGAAAUGGAACUGGAACGCAGCUAAAGUUCCCUCUGCUGUAUCCAGGACAGAUGCCAACAUUCGAGCCGAGCGGGAACGAAAGGAAGCCGAAGAAGAAGAAUCCAAUCGCCGAAAGGCUGGAUUAGAGCGCUUGAAGAAGGAAGAUGCCGAACGAGCCGUGCAGCAGGCAUCGAGCAAGCCCGGCGGUCGGACUCUCGGGGCAGUCGAGAAGACUGCGGCUGAGAAGCGCGACGAAGAGACACGAGGAAUGACGCCUGAGAUGAGAAUGCGACUGGAACGAGAGCGGCGGGCGAGAGCUGCUGAGGAGCGCUUUCGCAAGAUGCAGGGGAAUUAA